UGUGCUGGCGUCAGCUCCCCGACGCGCAGCCCCCUCCCCCUGCGCCUCUGAUUGGCUGUCGGCGGCCUGGGCGGGUUCUCGGCAGCCAAUGAGAAGGUCAGAAACCCGUGUCUGUCCGGGCCGUCGGAAUCCAGCCCUGUCGCAACGCCGUGCGGAGCCCGAGAAUUACCUAUCUUGCCUCACCUUUUCCACCUUUGUACACAGUGAAUUAGGAAAAGCGACCGAGUUAUCGCCAUCGCCUCCUGCGGUAAACUUCGAACCGGUUGAGAACGGGGACCGACUGUGGUCCUCGCUCACCAGGGCGCUAGAGAACACACGCGCCCAAGAACGGUGCAAACUUGGUGGAGGCCACACGUUACAUCAGACGUUAAGAGUUAUUUACUGAGGGCCUCUGAGCGCCAAGCACUGAGUGGAAGCCACACAUUUGUUGUUAUCAAUUCAACAAGCUUUCACGGAGCGUGUGCUGUGUGCAGGUUUGGGGGCGGGGGCGGUGCCGUGGGGCAUACGCAAAAAUCUCUCUCUCUUUCUGUCUUCAAAGCAUCCCAUCUCCCAGCCAGCAUGUUUAACUACGAUCUGCGUUCCCACUCUUCAUUUUACAGCCAAGGAGACAGACCCAGCAAAGAAACUUGUCCUAACAUGCGCAGUCAGGCUGGAAACGCACAGUGUAGACGGAGAAACAGCGUCUGUCAGCUUCCAUCCUACAAAGAGAGAGAGUGCACAUGGGGGAGAGGGGCAGAGGGAAAGAGAGAGGGAGAAAAUCCCAAGCAGGCUUCGCACCGAGCAUGUCUCAAUCCCCCGACCCCGGGAUCACAACCUGAGCUAAAAUCAAGACUUGGACCAACCAAACCACCCAGCCACUCUACAUUAUUUUUUUUAAUACUUGCCCAAACUGAGCUGAGCCAGGGGAAGUAGCUGCACUGGGUCCCUCUGCAUCCCAGAGUUUGCGGGACCAAGGAUGGGCCUGCCCCCUAAGAUCCAGAUGUGAGCCAGCAUGAAGACAGCGUCAACAAGGAGUCAUCUAGAUCCCGCCUAAGAGAGCCAACUGCAUGGACCAUAUCUUCAGUUACCGAAUGGAGACUGUGCCUUCAAACGACCCUAGGACUGAAUGUCACCGAAGAGAGAGCAGAAAGCUCUGGGUCUACUGGAUUUUUACCCGGAGAGGGGAAUAAUUCCCACCAUGAGUAAAUGGUAAAGGAAUGGCGAGAGGGGAACAAAAAUGAAGUUGCGUUCGAUUACCGUCAGAGUUGUGCUUGUUCAAAACAUUUUGGACAAAGACCCUCAGCCCGCGAGGAGGGUGCACAAUACGAGGGCUCUCGGAAGCCCUCCUUCUCUGCAGGGCCUGUGGCGCCCCCAGCCCUCUGUACGUGACCAACCACCUGAGCAGCUCGGUGGGGCUACAGGCCUCAAGUCCUCACAGUAAAUGAAGAAGCUGGGGGGGAGAGCACGUGACCUCGCCCGGUGUCACUUGAGCAGUAAGAGGUGGCAGGACAGCCGAGGCAGGUCUAUAUUUGGGCUUUCACUCACGGCAGGCGUUGCUAUUUGCAGUGGGAGUCAGCUCAUGUUACCCGGCUUGCAGAGUCCCCGCUGUAAAACAGGGCCUUCAGGCACGCAGAGGUCACCCGGAGGGAAAUCCUGUCCCCACUGAAGGCAGAGCAGUUUUCUAGCCCUUCCCCGGAGUCCUCAGAGGUAAAAAAAAGAAGAACUACGGACCCUUAAAUCAGCAGGACCCAGGACACCCACUAGGAGGCGCGCGCGCGAGGAACUCUGUGGGUGCAGAGGCGCGAUGGACGGGGAGGCUGGGGGGGCGCCCGAGGUGCACAGGUCCCCGGCUCCCAGGGACUUCCACUUCUGUCCCACGGAUCUGUAUGACUCCGAAGGCCGGCUGCGGCUCUUCCCAGAAGAACACACGCGGACGGGAAGACAAGUCCCCGCCGAAAUGACCAGCGAGCCCGGGGGGGCGGCCCCAGGUAAGGCCCAGAGCGACCUGGAGGAGGAGGUGCAGGAGCUUGUGGAUUUGUACGCGCUUGGAGGUGGUGGCGAGUGGGGCGCGGAGCUCGUGGAUGGAAGCGCGCCGCGCGUGGAGGUCUCGGAACCCCGGCUGCACCUGUCCCCGGCGGGGGCGCAGAGGGACUGGCGGCUGGGCGCCGAGGCCGAGGACCCGGGCUGCUUGGGCUGGGGCGCGGCCGGCCAGGACCUGCGGGAAGCCUACAGGUACGCGCACGGCCGGGCCAGCGAGGAGUACGAGUGCUACGUCAUCCCCGAGGAGGAGGACGAGGACGAAGCCGCCCUGGUCUUCUGUGUCACUUGCAAAGCCCCAGUAAGGGCGUGCGAGGUUUCGGAUGCGCACGGAGAGCAUGAGGUGACCCCCCUCAGCAAGGCCCUGGAAAGCGCCAAGGACGAAAUUCACAAAAACAUGUUCAAACUGGAAAAGCAGAUUCUCGAGAUGGAGAAUUUUGCAAAUCACUUGGAGGAGGUUUUCAUCACCGUGGAGGAGAACUUUGGAAGACAGGAACAAAAUUUUGAGUCACAUUUCAAUGAGAUUUUGGAAACACUUGCUCAAAAAUAUGAAGACAAAAUACAAGCUCUCGGAGAGAAAAAGAAAGCGAAGUUGGAAGCCUUGUAUGGACAACUGGUCAGCUGUGGGGAAAACCUUGAUACCUGUAAGGAACUCAUGGAAACCAUAGAGGAGAUGUGUCACGAAGAGAAGGUCGACUUCAUAAAGGAUGCUGUGGCUAUGGCUGACAGACUGGGAAAAUUCUUGAAUACAGAAACAGACGUGGAAAUCUCUGCGCAGCCUGACUUUGAAGACCAGACCUUGGACUUCUCUGAUGUGGAGCAGCUAAUGGGCUCCAUUAACACCAUCCCAGCUCCUUCUGCUCCAGUGAUAAACCCACAGGCCCCCAACUCGGCCACGGGCUCCUCUGUCCGCGUGUGCUGGAGUUUGUACUCUGACGACACGGUGGAGAGCUAUCUGCUGUCCUACCGGCCGGUGCAGGACGGCUCGCCUGGGAAGGACCAAGCAGAGUUUACAAUGACUGUCAAAGAAACAUAUUGCUCAGUGAGAAAUCUUGUGCCAAACACCCAGUAUGAAUUUUGGGUCACAGCUCAGAACAGGGCCGGCCGCAGCCCCGCCAGUGAGCGUGCAGUGUACAUGACAGCCCCCUCCCCUCCCGUUAUAAAAAGCAAAGAGAUACGGAGCUGCGAAGAGGCUGCACUGAUUUGCUGGGAGUCUGGGAACCUGAAUCCCGUGGACUCGUACACGGUGGAGCUGACCCAGGCGGAAAGUCCUGAAGCCUCGGGAGUAACUGAGUCGGUCGUGGGCAUCCCGACCCGCGAGGCCUUGGUGCAGCUGCAGCCCAGGCAGCGCUAUACCAUCUACGUGCGAGCCCUCAGUGUGGGGGGCCCCAGUGCAAGGAGCGACCCCGUGACCGUCUACACCACAGGCAGCUUCUUCCACCUGAACCAGCACACCUGCCAUCCCGGGCUGACCAUUUCUGAAGAUGGGUUUACGGUCGUGCGGAGCGAAAGGAAAACCCCAGCAAAGGAGCCGCUCCCUGGCAACACCCGGUUUACCAGGUGUGUUGCCGUCAUGGGGAAUCUCAUUCCAAUCCGAGGGCGCCAUUACUGGGAGGUGGAGGUGGACGAGAGGUCCCACUACACGGUGGGUGUGGCCUUUGAAGAUGUCCCUAAACAAGAGGACCUGGGAGCAAACUGCCUGUCUUGGUGCAUGAGGCACAGACUUGCAUCAUCACGGCAUAAGUAUGAGUUCCUGCACAACGGGACGACUCCAGAUAUAAGAAUAACUGUCUCCCCGAGGAAGAUCGGCAUUCUGCUAGACUAUGAAAAUUCAAAAUUGUCAUUUUUCAAUGCGGACAUUUCUCAGCAUCUGUACACGUUUAGUUGUCAGCUUCACCAAUUUGUGCAUCCCUGUUUUUCUUUGGAAAAGCCUGGGUGUCUGAAGAUACAUAAUGGCAUUUCAAUGCCAAAGCACGUCACUUUCUACUAGACCAUUCUGAUGCCAGCUCCCUCUCUUCUGUACCCACCCCUCUCAACCGGCCACCCCUCAGCUGGUUGAACUUGGCGUUCAAGCACAGGUUUCUAGCCCUGCGCACUGCCACCUGUAUGAUGUUAGGUUAGUCAUUACCAGGCGCGGCUGUAAAAUGAGGGCUCAGACAAAAUGAACUCCAGGCCUUUCAGGUGGUCAAACUGUAUCGGUCUGUUUGUUUAUAUGCAAAGUAUCUGAAAGUCCAAGGCCUACAGAGCGUGGGGGCAGGGGCAAGGGAGGGAAGAGAUACAUAAGUACUAGUGGCCUCGGCACACCCGGGACAUCUCGCGAGUCAGCCGGGAACAGACUCCAGAAGGCAAGAGGCUGUCCACAGAGAACCAGGGAAGCCACGCGCCUUCUGUUUUCCCGGGAGUUAAUGGCACUGUGAUGCGGUUUCUGGCACUGAGCACGCUGUCACACCUGUUCCCCUUGUUCACAGCACUUACCCCACUCAAACUUUGAAAUGACCUCUACCGUGCGCCCUUCCAUGAAGGCAGGGACAGUGUCUGUCUUGUUCAUCCUUAGGGACAUCAUUCGGUCCCUAAGGACUAACGUGUAACAAACGGUACACACCAAAUACUGAAUAAAUUAGUAUCUUCCUCAUCC